GGUACCAUUCAAAACGCGGGAUCGCGGGAUGUGGAUUGUAUUCCGUUAUAUCACUUUUGCCUGUGAAUUCAUUGUUUUCCUGAUAAUUUUAGAUAUUGUAGCUGUUCUAUACUUCUUUGAGUUGUUCUGAACUACUAAACCUGGUGAAGUCCAUCAUGUUACGAGCAGGCCUCGGGAGCACUGCCACUGCCACCCCUGUCACAGAGAAGACUCUGAAACGGAAGACAGAGAAUCAGUUGGCUAAUCGGGCUCUGCUAUGGUUUGCUAUCAACUUCAUCCUGGCUGUAUUCUUCUUCCUGGAAAUGACAUUUAGCUCCACGAUUGAUUUCUUUGAGCUGAGCCAUCCGUCUGUCUGGUACGUCACGUGUGCCUUCACUGUACUCUUUACAUUCAAUUCAUUGGUGGAUCUGUGGCGCUAUGUCAUCCCCACUCUUCAGGGGAUGCGGCAUCCCAUUGCCUUGUCACCGGUGGAGAAGAGCAUGCUUGGUGUCCAAGACAAUGCUGUUGGUUUCAAGCUUUCCCGUCAAAGGAUAGCAUCUGCUCCUGCCAACCUGUACAGCUCCCACCAGUCGCCAUCCUCAUCGUCCCCAUCGGUGAAACCUCCCAGUCACUACCUCUACUCCAACACAACCACCGGUAGCCCAGGGGCUAGUCCGUCCUUGAUGGGUGCAUAUGGCACCCCCAGGCUCACGCCGAACAGUGCUUACAAGGGCCAGUACUCUCCAGGAGCUUCCCCUUCAUCACAGGGGAGCUUCAUCUCGAUGACUGGACAUUCUUUCAAUCAGACUCCAGGAAGCACCCCUCAUACUCCAGCUGUUUCUUCAUCAGUUCUGUUCAGAGAUACCAGUGGAAGUGGUGGAAGUCAUCUUAGACCCAGACACAAAUCAUCCCCAAUCAGGCACUCCCCUUUGAUGACACCAGAUACAGUUAUUUCUGAUGAGGCUGCUUUAAGAAGCUACUUAUCUUCAUACGAGGAGAAAGAAAAGAAAAACAUGCUUGGAAUGCCAGACCAAUCGCCAAACAGUAGCCCGUCCUUCUGGGCCUACAACCGUUCUGCUGCCGACUUCACCUACCUGCUGGGCAAGUAUCAGUACCAGCUGGCCAGUAGGUCCCCUCAGUCUCCGGCCACUGGACGGGGUAAGGAUGACCAGGACUAUCCCGCUACAUAUGGAGCUGAGGAGGCCUGGGAGAAGCUAGAGGUGGACAGGGAGACCCUUGACCGGUGGAUUGCCAAUCUAAGACAGUGGUUGAGUCAGACUGUACUUGCACCCAUUGUCAAAGAGAUAGACAAUGUCAACAAGACACUCCAGAGGCUUGGACAUGGGGAUCUUCAGAUAGGGGAUACGAGUAUAUCAGCUCUUCGUCAGGUUGCAAUUUUGAAGAGCCAGCAUGUACCUUCCCUCAACGUCCUGCUCUCGUACCUUGACAUAUCAUCCAACCAGGAAUACAUUAUACAGAGAUACAGAGACCUUGCUCGAGGUGGUUACAUCUGUGAGUUCCGCUGGGAUCAGGGUGGAGAGUAUAAGGGCCGCAAGUGGCAGAAGGAUUUGCCUACUGACUGUGUGCUUGUACUCCAUGCUCUAUGCACCUAUCUGGAUUCCUGCCUACCACCCCACCCUAAGCAUCCAGAUGGAAAAAUCUUUACUGACCAAUACUUCAUGAAGAUGCCUGACAAACCAGAUCUGAAAAAGGAGAAUUUGCUGCUCUUCCAAUCCAAGAUCAAUCCACCUCACUACAAGGUUAUACUUGGUGAUGAUACAUGGGACCUUCCAAAGGGAAGAAACAACUUAUUUCAAGCUAUCCUCUUAUUUCUGCAUCAUAUCAAAACCAAAGAGAAUGGAAUGUUGGGGAGGGUGAACCUUGGACUAUCAGGGGUCAAUAUACUCUGGGUGAUUGACAGCUGAGAUGGACCAAUCAGAACUCAUGAAGGGCAAAAAGUAGGCGGAGCUUAACAGCAGGCAACCAAUGACCAAAGUUGAAAAAAGUUAUGAAACUGGCAAGUUUAUUGAGACUGUUUCCAAAGGUUAAUAGAAGGAGAAGGAUUUCAAGUGCUGAUGCAAUUAUUUCAUUUGAUGGCGUCUUGAAUGAUAGGAAGAUGAUAAAGAAAUUAACAGGAAUUUGAUGUGCGAAGAGAAGAAAAACUGAUAGAGAAAAAUUCAUUCUGAUGAACCGAUGAAUGGUAACUUGUGACAAGAGUUUAGUUUCCGAGUAAUGUUGGAUGUGAAGUGACAUGUGGUCCAUAAAUAUUUUGUACCACACUUUAUCCUAAUGGGAUGAAAGCUAUCAAAUACCUUCUCCAUCUUAUCUUCCCAACUGACCCAUUUCGACUGUACAGAAGUGUCUUGCAUCUUUCAUAGUACUAAUCUUACGUAUAUCGUCACUGGGAUAUUAAAAAAAAAUCCCUUCAAUCUCAAACUUUAAAAAUGUAGAAAGCAGCUCAGAAAAGUCUGUAUUUUUAGAAAUGGCAAUGAUUAGCAACCUCAUAUUGCUUAAAAACAUUCUCUUAACAUCAAUAGGGUUUAAUGGAACGAAAGCCAUCAACCGACUUCCAUGCAUGCAGCAACAAUAAUUUUCUCUGUCUCCUGUAUUUUCUUGACAUUAUUUAUACAAUAUAGUGUAGAGAAUGAGCCAAUUCAACCCUUGAUUUGCCUAAUGCAGGGACUGUGAUUUUUUU